CCGGAGACGCACCGACCCGACUGCCAGGGAGUCGCUCUGUUUCCUCAAGCUCAACUGUUGCUCUCCUGCCUGCCUGUCAAGACUUACAUUAGUAGUUUUUUUUAUUUUUACUGACGUUUUUGUGGGAGAAGGAUAAGCAGAAAUCAUGCAGUCCUGCGCCAGGUGUAGGUUUGUGGUCUACCCAGCAGAAAAGAUCAACUGCAUUGAUCAGAACUGGCACAAAGCGUGUUUUCACUGCGAUGUCUGCAAGAUGGUCCUCACUGCCAAUAACUUUGUGAGCCACAAGAAGAGGCCGUAUUGCUCUGUUCACAAUCCAAGGAACAACACAUUCACAAGUGUUUAUGAGACCCCCGUCAACAUCAAUGCAAAGAAGCAAAGCAAAGCGAGUAGUGAGCUGAAGUAUCGCGAAGAUGGCGAACGCUUUAUGUCCACCUUCCAUUGUGACAUGAGAUCCAUGGAGCUGGAGAAGGCUCGUCUAGCCGGCCAGACUUUUCAGUCUCAGUCUGCGUUCUCACAGCAGCAGAGCUGGUAUUCAGGGAUGGUCACCAACCAGGAGAUCGUGACGAUGUCACAAGCACAGAAGACCAUCAGUGAUGUUAAUUACAAAGAGGAAUAUGAGGAGUCAAAAGGAAAAGGCAGCUUCCCUGCCAUGAUCACACCUGGCUACCAAACUGCCAAGACAGCCAACGCUUUAGCCAGUAACCUGGAAUAUAAAAAAGGACACGAGGAAAGAGUUUCAAAGUACACAACGUUUGUCGAUCCCCCAGAAGUGCUGCUGGCCAAGAAACAGUCGCAAAUAGUCAGCGAUUAUGCGUACUCAGAAGAAUAUGAGCAGCAGAGGGGAAAAGGAAGCUUCCCAGCACACAUCACCCCUGGAUACAAGAGUUCAAAGAAGGCCUCUGAGCAGGCCAGUAAUAUCAAGUAUCGGCAGGUGUAUGAGCAGGAGAUGAGGGGUAAAGCCAGCACUGAUGCAGGGGCUGCUGAGAUGGUUCACGCCAGAGAAAAUGCAGAGAAAUUCAGCCAGAUCGCCUAUACAGAAGAAUAUGAGCAGCAACGGGGUAAAGGGAGUUUCCCUGCCAUGAUUACGCCUGGUUAUCAUCUUGCAAAGAAGGCUCAGGAAAUUGCCAGUGAUCUCAAAUACAAGAAGGACUUAAAGAAGUUGAAGGGAACAUCACACUUUCACAGUCUAACCUCAGAGGACAACUUGACACUGAAGAACGCCAGAAAAAUCAACAAGCUUGUCAGUGAGGUUGAGUAUAGAAAAGACUUGGAGAAUACCAAAGGACACAGCAUCAACUUCUGUGAGACGCCACAGUUUCAGAACGCUGCCAAGGUCGCCAAGUUCACCAGUGAUAACAAGUAUAAAGAGAAAUAUACCAGUGAUAUGAACCACUAUGAAGACUCAGGAUUUGAUAAGAAGACCCUGCAUGCGAUGAAAGCGAGGAAGCUGGCGAGUGAUAUUUCCUACAAGCAAAGUAUUGAACAGGAGCAGGGGGAAUACAACUACCCAGCCACUCUGACACCAGGUUACCAAAGCCAAAGGAAGUUGGACCCACUGAAAGAUAAAAACUACAGGCAACAUAUUGACCAGGUCAAGUACAAAUCCGUGACUGACACACCGGAGAUUGUUUUAGCCAAGAAAAAUGCUCAGUUGGUCAGCAAUUUGAAUUAUAAAGCCGGCUAUGAAAAAACGAAGCAUCAGUACACUAUAUCCCAGGAUCUGCCCCAGAUCCAAAAGGCCAAAGCCAACGCUGCUUUGUGUAGUGAUAUUAAGUAUAGAGAGGAGUGGGAGAAGACGAAGUCUAAAGCAUGUGAAACUAGCGUGGAUGACCUAAGCGUGAGAGCUGCCAAAAGUUCCCGCGACCUGGCCAGUGAUAUUAAAUACAAAGAGUUGUACAUGAAAAACAAGGAGAAAGCAGCUGGGUUCAACAUGGCUGACUCCAAGACUCUGCACUCUCUACAAGUAGCCAAGAUGAGCAGUGAUAUUGAGUACAAGAAGGGCUCUAAGGAAAGCCGGUCCCAGUGCAGCCUCCCCCUGGACAUGAUCAACCUAAGUCACGCCAAGAAGGCUCAGGCCCUCGCCAGCGAUCUGGAGUAUCGCACAAAACUCCACGACUACACCGUCAUGGCUGACGACAUCAAGGUCCAGCAGGCCAAAAAGGCUUACGCCCUCCAGAGUGAGAACCAGUACCGUUCCGACCUGCACUGGAUGAAGGGGGUGGGCUGGGACACUGAGGGAUGUCUCAACAUCACUCAAGCCAAGAAAGCUGGAGAGCUGCUCAGUGAUACCAAAUACCGCCAGAAGGCCGACAAAAUCAAGUUCACCCAGGUGGCGGACGACCUCUCCAUCAAACACGCCAAGAAAAGCCAGGAGCUGCAGAGCGACCUGGCGUACAAAGCAAACACAGAGCAGAUGUUACAUCAAUACACAAUGACAAAAGACGAGCCCCUCUUCAGACAAGCAAAGGCCAAUGCUGACCUGCUCAGUGGGAAAGUGUACAAGAGCCAGUGGGAGAAGCAAAGGGAGAAAGGCUUUGAGCUUCAUUUGGACUCUUUGUCUAUCCUCACAGCGAAGGCCAAGAGAGACCUGGCCAGUGCUGUCAAAUACAAGGAGAAGUAUGAGAAAAGCAAAGGCAAAGUGAUCGGCAUCAAGUCGGUCAGCGAUGACUCUCAGAUGGCUCACUCUGCUCUGGCCACCAAACUUCAGAGUGACUUGUACUACAGGAAGAACUACGAGGACACAAAGGCCAAAUACAGUGUUUCUUUGGACAUGCUGAACAUCAGCCACGCCAAGAAGGCUCAGGACCUGGCCACCGAGACCAAUUACAGGACUUUCCUGCAUGACUACACCACUCUCCCAACGGACAUGAACGUUGCCUGGGCCAAGAAGGCCUACGGACUGCAGAGCGAUAAUCAGUACAGGUCAGACCUGAACUGGAUGAAGGGUGUCGGCUGGGAGGUUUCACAGUCCCUGGACGUCCAGCAGGCGAAGAAAGCAGGAGCGCUAGUCAGCGAGAACAAGUACCGUCAGAAUGUGAGCUCUCUGAAGUUUACCAGCGUUGAAAACACUCCAGAGAUGAUCCAGGCUAAACAGAGCAAUAAACUGGCCGUUGAUAGGCUGUACAGGGAAAAGGGAGAAAAUCUGAAGCACAAUUACACACUGAGUGGGGAUAUUCCUGAGAUGGUGCAGGCCAAGCUCAACGCUAUGAACAUCAGUGAGAGUCGUUACAAGGAAUCCUGGACUAAAAUACGUGAUGGUGGUUACAAGCUGCGUCUGGAUGCUAUUCCUUUCCAGUCUGCUAAAGCAUCUGCGCAGAUCCUCAGUGAUCAAAAGUACAAAGAAGAAUUUGAGAGGACCAAAGGGAAAAUGAUCGGACUGAAGGGACUGCAGGAUGACCUGAACAUCGCUCACUCUGUCCACGCCAACAAGCUCCAGAGUGAUAUUAAGUAUAAACGGGACUCGGCGAAGCAGCUCUCAAAGUACCACCUUUCCAUGGACAUGAUGGAGGUUGCUCAUGCCAAGAAGGCCCAGUCGCUGGUCAGCGAUCAGGACUACAGGCUGUCCCUGCAUCACUACACCUCGCUGCCUGACGACAUGAAGGUGCAGGCUGCCAAGAGAGCAUACGCUCUGCAGAGUGAGAAGGUGUAUCGCUCUGACCUGAACUACCUGCGGGGUGCAGCCUGGAUCGCUACUGGAGCUCUACAGAUUGAAGAAUCCAAGAGGGCUACCAACCUCAUCAGUGAUAAAAAGUACCGACAGCAGCCGUACCAUUUCAAGCACACCUCUGUGACCGACUCUCCAGAUAUCAUCCACGCUAAAGCCAGUGGACUGGUCACAAAUGAGCGUUUGUACAAAGAGAAGGGGGUGAAUGAUCGACACAACUACACUAUCACCUCUGAGAGACCAGAGAUUACGCAAGCCAAGAUCAAUGCAGCCAACUUCAGCGAGAUAAAGUACAAAGAGUCUUGGCACACUCUGAGGGCUCAAGGCUACAAGCUCACCAUGCAAGACAUCCCCUUCCAGGCUGCCAAGACCUCUACCGGCAUCGCCAGUGAUUACAUGUACAAACACAACCACGUACUGGACAAAGGGAAACACAUUGGCUCUAAAAGCGUCACAGACGACCCGUACCUGCUGCACUGCCUGCAGGCCGGCCGGCUGGCCAGCAACCAGGAGUACCGCAGGGACGCGCUCUCCACCAGCGGCCAGUACCACCUCACCCCGGACAUGAUGCAUCUGGUGGCGGCGAAGAACGCCCAGGUCCUGGCCAGCGAUCAGGACUACAGGAAGAGACUGCACGAGUACACGGUGCUACCUGACGACAUGAAGGUCAAUUGGGCCAAAAAGGCUUACAACCUGCAGAGCGAGAAACUCUACAAAGCAGACCUGCGUUUUAUGAGAGGAGUGGCCUGGGACGGAGUGGGAGCCCCUCAGCUGGAGUCUGCCAAGAAGGCUGGGCAACUCCUCAGUGAUAAGAAGUAUCGUCAGCUGCCCGACAGCAUUAAGUUCACCUCAGUGGCCGACUCUCCCGAUAUCCUUCACGCUAAAUCAAGCUAUCAGCAGUGCAGUGAGAGACUGUACAAAUCUGGAAAAAAUGACGACAUGCAUAAAUACACCUUACACUCAGACGAUCCAGACUUUGUGAGAGCCAAAAUCAACGCCCAACAGAUUAGUGAUAAAGUUUAUAAGGCAUCUGGGGAGCAGGUGAAGACGGCGGGCUAUGACCUGAGGUUGGAUGCUAUUCCUUUCCAAACUGCAAAAGCCUCCAGAGAAAUCGCCAGUGAUGUCCGUUACAAGGAGUCCCAUCUGAGGGACAAGGGCCACCAGGUGGGGCUGCGCUGCGUGGAGGACGACCCCAAGAUGGUGCACUCUCUGGCAGCCACCAAACUCCAGAGCAACCUGGAGUACACGCGCCAGUCCAAGGAGGACCACGCCCACUACAAAAUCCACGCAGACCAGCCCGAGUUCCUGCAGGCCAAGAAGAGUCAGACGCAGGCGAGCGACCUGGCCUACCGGCACAAGCUGCACGACUACACCUGCGACCCCGAGCAGCUCAAUGUCAAACAUGCCAAGCAGGCGUACAAGCUGCAGAGUAAUGUGAACUACAAGUCAGACCUGAACUGGAUGAGGGGAACGGGCUGGACCCCUCCCGGUUCCCACAAGGCCGAGCUGGCCCGGCGGGCAGCAGAACUGGGCCUGGCCGAGGGAGUUACCGCUGACGAAGCCAUCGCAAAGUAUCAGCACAUGAUGAUGGUGAGAGCAUGGACGGUGGAUCUUUUUCUCAAGGCUGUAAAGGAUGACGUUAAGAUAAGACGAUGCAAUGACCUCAUCCUCGUCUCCGUCUUCCAGGUGUAUCACCAGCAGCAGAUGGAGCAGCAGCAGAUGCAGCUGCAGCAGCAGCAAACAUCCGAGCAGGUGGACACCAGUGAAGAGAUGCAGAAAGGUGUCAACAUGGACGCCAUGGAGGUCCUUCACGUCAAGAGGAAGAAAACCAUCCAGACAGUCCAGAAAAAAUCCUCCUCCUCCACAACCUCAUUCAGAUCCAUGGAGAAGAAGUCCAGCUCCACCUCUUCGUCAUCAUCAGCCGCCCUCCAGAACACGAUGAAGAUGACUUUGUCUAGUAAAGCUGCAGCGAUACAAGAUGCAUAGAACAAAUGGCUUUUCACCCGUUCUUUUUUUUUUU